AUGGCUGAGGAGGUUAGAGCCUUCUCAGAUCUGAGUGUUCCUAGCCAGAGCUCCACGACAGAGAGCCGGCAAGGAGAAAGCGAAGAACACAUCUUGGAGGGAGAGAUCCCCAAGGAUGUAUCCAUUCAGCACACCAAGGACUCUUCCACCUUGUUGAAAACCAGCUCGACUGUCGAAACAACUAAUACUGCUUUUGAAUCCACCCGUCGGCCCUUCAUCCAGUCCACUACUCAACCCACGACCGAGCCCACGACCGAGCCCACGACUAAGCCCACUACCGAGCCCACUGCUGAGCUCACUACUGAGCCCACUACUGAGCCCACUACCGAGCCCACUACCGAGCCCACUACGGCACCCUUCUGUCCGGGGCCUGAUACUUCCUGCUCUGACGUGGAGAGUCAGUCAGCAGAGUCCAAGUUGGGAGAGGCUUUGAUGGACUUCUCGGUGAAGCUCUACCAUGCCUUCUCAGCAAUUAAGAAGGUGGAGACCAACAUGGCCUUUUCUCCAUUCAGCAUUGCCAGUCUCCUAACUCAGGUCCUGCUUGGCGCUGGGGACAGCACCAAGAGAAACCUGGAGAGCCUCCUUUCCUACCCCGAGGACUUUGCCUGUGUCCACCAGGCCAUGAAGGCCUUCACAUCCAAAGGCUUCACUUCAUUCUCUCAGAUCUUCCACAGCCCGGACCUGGCCGUAAGAGACACCUUUGUGAAUGCCUCUCAGAACCUCUAUGGCAGCAGACCCACAGUCCUGGGAAACGACAGUGAUGUCAAUACGGAGCUCAUCAACACCUGGGUGGCGGAGAAGACCAACCACAAGAUCACGCAGCUGCUGGACAGCCUGCCCUCUGACACCUGCCUGGUCUUCCUCAACGCCGUCUACCUGAGUGCCAAGUGGAAGACAACCUUUGAUCCAAAAAGAACCAGGAUGGAGCCCUUUUACCUCAAAUCCUCUGUGAUAAAAGCAUCCAUGAUGAACAGCAAGAAAUACCCGGUGGCCCAUUUCACUGACCCAACUUUGAAAGCCAAGGUGGGGCAGCUGCAGCUCUCCCACAACCUCAGCUUGGUGAUCCUGGUGCCCCAGAACACGAAACACCAUCUUGAAGACCUGGAACGAGCUCUCAGCCCCACUGUCUUCAAGGCUGUCAUGAAGAAGCUGGAGAUGACCAAAUUCCAGCCCACUCUCCUGACGCUACCCCGCAUCAAAGUGACGAGCAAGCAAGACCUACUGACGGUCGUGGAGAACCUAAAAUUCUUUGACUUUAUUUACGACCUCAACCUGUGCGGGCUGACAGACGACACGGAUCUUCAGGUUUCUGCGAUGCAGCACCAGGCCGUGCUGGAGCUGACGGAGUCCGGGGUGGAGGCGGCUGCGGCCUCGGCUGUUUCCGUGGCCCGCAAUUUGCUAGUCUUUGAAGUGCAGCAGCCCUUCCUCUUCCUGAUCUGGGACCAGCAACACAAAUUCCCUGUCUUCAUGGGGCGGGUGUAUGACCCCAGGAUCUGA